GUGAUCUUCUUUGCUCAUCUGUGAAAUAAACAAGCCUCUACUAUCGCGAUUAUUUGUAUUGCGAGCAGGAUGAUAAAGAUUAACAUAAGCAGGUCAAACUUCACAAAUUCAGCAUUAUCAACUGUUCUCUUGUCACUGUAAUCGAGCUCAAGUUAGAGCCGUUAUCAAAAACGUGCUGUCACUUGAUUAAAUCCAUCACUGCUUCUGCUAGAUAUAUUUCUAUUUUGCCUGUUGCUGCUGGGUACACACCGCCUAAUUUAUCCACGAGACGUUCUCUUAUCAGUGGUUGAUGUGUGAAAAGAGACAUCAACAAAAAGAGAGAAGAGAAAAGGCAGAUAAGCGUCAUUGACAAGGCGUCUGCUUUAGAAAAAGCCCCUUGCACCCUCCUUUUCCCUCUUCCAUCCAAAUAAAAUGUCUGCAACACCAGAAAAAACUGAAAGCUGGGACGUUGCAAUGGAAUCAUCCUCCUUGGACAGCGAUGCUCAUCUACGACAUCAGCAAUUGCUUGCACAAGAGCCCGCUUCGGGCUUAAUAUUUACUGGCCUACCGUGGCUGCACCACGAAGAUGGCUGGAAGGCUGGUUUAAAAGAUGUUUUGGUCAACUACUUCCCUCGGUAUAAAUUGAAGCGAUCAGGAACUGUAUACAUUGAUGAGCGACCGACAGUUUUCCAUACCAUUGCCUAUGGUAUACAGCAUGCGCUCGCUAUGUUCAGUGGCACAAUAGUUAUCCCCAUUGCUAUGGGGUUCGAUCCAAACACUUCACUCUUCUUUUCUGGUAUCUCGACUAUCAUUUUUUUCAUAUGCACGGGGGGUCGGGUACCCUCUUAUCUCGGUAGUUCUGGCUCUGUUAUCAGCGCGGUCCUUGCCGUUACAGGGUACAAUUCGGCCACAUCCACCACAGGCAUGAAUGAAAAUAUCCCAGUCGCUCAAGGCGGUAUUAUCGUCCUAGCACUGCUCUAUAUGUUCAUCUCGUUGCUGGUCAUCGUGUUUGGAUACAAAUGGGUGGAAUUUCUUAUGCCUCCGAUUGUUACCGGUGGUGUUGUCGCAGGUAUCGGCCUCCAUUUGGGCUACUCUGCGUUUAACCAGGCAACUGCAACACCAUUCGACUUUUACAUGGCUUUGACAACCGUAUUGGCCAUCAUGUUGAUUUCUGUCUAUGCACCUCUUCCAUCGCUCCGUCGGGUAUCAAUUCUGCUAGGUUUGAUUGUUGGCUAUGUAAUUCACAUCAUCUGUGGUGUCACUGGAGCUGGAUAUCCUGUCGAUUUUUCUGAUGUCUCUUCUGUUGCUUGGGUCCGAGGACCAAUUAUCUCUGGUCCUAUUGUGUUUGACAAGGUAGCAAUCAGUACUAUUGCACCGAUUGUUAUUGUUAUCGUAGCAGAAAAUAUGGGCCAUAUUAAAGCCAUCAGCUCGUUGACUGGAACGCCCAUGGAAAAGUACCUAGGACGCGCCUAUCUUGGCGAUGCCAUUUCAACACUGAUGGCAGGAUGCGUCGGCGCUUCACCUUUGACAACGUAUGCAGAAAACAUUGGUGUCUUGUCCGUAACACGCAUCUACUCGCCAGUGGUAAUCCUCGUCGCGGCAAUUACUGCUAUUAUUGUGGGAUUUAUCUCCAAAUUUGGUGCAGUAGUACGAAGCAUUCCUGAUGGCGUCUUUGGAGGAACAACUUUAGUUCUUUACUCUUUGAUCGCCAUAACUGGUAUCCGAGUUUGGGUUAUGAACAGAAUCGACUUUUCAGAUCCUCGCAAUGUCUUUGUUGGCGGUAUUCCGCUUAUUUUGGCAGCUGUUAUGACGGAAAAGACACUCGUCAUUAAUGAUUUUCAACUCGAUGCAGUGGGGGCAAGCACUUUUGCUUCGAUUAUCCUUUACCAAGUAUUGCGUGGUUAUGAUGGAUAUAAAGAAUACUGCAUGUGGAUCAAGCGACAAUACCGUUAUUACAAGUAUGGUAAAGAGGAACAGGAUAAUAACAAUAGUGCACUUCCAGCAGUGCGAAACGAUUCAAUCGCAAGCUCUUCAGAACAACAUGUAGCUGAUGAAAAAUAGUAAUUAGAAAAGUCCUCUAUACACCUCAUACCUAGCCUCCUAAUGAAUCUAUCUAUAUCACGCAUUCACACACACGUUUAUUCACAC